UCAGAGUUUGAGCUGAAAUCUGCAGGACAGCGUUUGAGGAACCCCACUUUAGAGAUUCACUUACAGACAUCGGAAGAAAUGGGUGAGGAAAGACUUACAGCAGAACAAACAGAAACCUGUCAGAAAACAGCGUCCAAACCAUCAGAUUACUGUGGUAAACUGCUCCGCUACAAACCACAUGGCUUUUCUGCUUCCGUCAUUACUAAAGCUCUGUUGGGGCUGCUGGUGUUCGGGGUGGUCUGGGCUGUGACGGGACCCGCGUGUCUGCCGGGUCAGAACCUCUUCGGCCUGGUGAUUCUGUUCCUGUCGGCCGUGUGUGGAGGAAAACUCAUCAGCGUCGUCAGAUUACCCAGAACCCCUCCAGUACCAGCUCUACUGGGGAUGCUGCUGGCCGGUGUGGUGUUGCGUAAUGUGCCGUACGUCACAGACGCUGUGUAUAUUGAUCAGAACUGGUCUGCGGCUCUGAGGAACGUGUCUCUUGCCGUGAUUCUCACCAGAGCCGGUCUGGGACUCAACGCUGCUGCCCUGCGGCGUCUGAAGGCGGUGUGUGUAAGGGUUGCUGUCGGCCCGUGUCUUACCGAGGCGUGUACGGUGUCUGUAGUGGCUCAUUUUCUGCUGGAAUUGCCCUGGAUAUGGAGCUUCAUGCUCGGUUUCGUUCUGGCCGCCGUCUCUCCAGCUGUGGUGGUUCCGUCCAUGUUGCUCCUGCAGUCGGAAGGAUUCGGUGUUCAGAAAGGAGUUCCCACACUCCUGAUGGCUGCUGGGAGCUUCGACGACAUCCUCGCCAUCACGGGAUUCACCACGAGCCUGGGCAUCGCCUUCGGAACCGGAUCCACAUGGAUGAAUGUGGUUAAAGGAGUUCUGGAGGUGCUGGCAGGAGUUCUUGCAGGAGGAGUCAUGGGACUUCUGCUCCAUUUCUUACCCAGCGAGGAUCAGUCAGAUGUGGUGCUGCGGCGCUGCGGUCUGCUGCUGGGUCUGUCUGUGUUCAGUGUUUUCGGGAGUCUGGCCGCGGGUCUGGGCGGCGCCGGCGGUCUCUGCACACUCGUCCUGGCCUUCAUCGCUGGACUCAGCUGGGCAGAACAAAAGGCUCCAGUGGCGGCGGUGGUGGGCCGGUUUUGGGACAUCUUUCAGCCGCUCUUGUUUGGUCUGAUUGGAGCAGAAAUCAACAUCUCGUCUCUCAGUGCUUAUACUGUCGGUUUGGGUGUCUCCACUCUGUGUGUGGGUUUGCUGGUCCGUGUUUUGGUGACGUUCUGCAUGGUUCUGUUUGCUGGUUUUAAUAUGAAGGAGAAGAUCUUUAUAUCACUGGCCUGGAUGCCCAAAGCCACAGUACAAGCGGCUAUCGGCUCCACGGCGUUGGACAUGGCCCGCAGUGCUGGAGACGAGCAGCUACAGAUUUAUGGGUUGGAUGUUCUGACUGUGGCAGUUCUUGCGAUUCUCAUCACGGCUCCGAUCGGAGCGCUUGCCAUCGGACUCACCGGACCCUCCCACACACUCAGAAACACACACACACACUAGAUGAUGGCGAGCGUGAGAGCACUCAUGUCGACGGUCUGGAGUCCAAACUCUGAAUCUCAACAUGCUUUCAUGAGUUGGUGUCGUUCACACUAAACCUUGAUCCGUGCUUGUCUGAGCUUUAUUAAUACUGUUCUGCCUGUAUGUGACAGCAAACUUCUGUACAGUAAAACACUGUCUCUGUACUCGUGUGUUUGAGUGUUUAAAGCAGAAAUGUGCAGUUGAUCAGGAACACAAUCCACUGAUCAGUAAAAUAUGAAAACACAAGUCAUUAAGCUCAUGUUGUAAUGAUGGCUUUAAUAACGCAUUGGAGUUUUCAUGAAUCACAUGAGUUUCUAGCAGCUCCCUGCUGAUACGAGUCAUUUCAACCACAGUAAAGAUAGACAUCAUGAUACAGUAAUUCUGUCUGGAACUUGUCUUGUCGCUAUACUGAGACGUUACUAAUCGAAAUGAAAGCUGUGUCCUAUAUUUCUUAAAUGACUGCUGAUUAAAUUUCCAUCUCUGCUUAUCUGUGACCAGUGAGAAAUGUUAAACUCACAUCAGCCUUUGGCAACGGUUUAUAUUCACUUAAGAGCGACUGUAUAUUCAUUUAUGCUUUUGAGAGCUGCUUAAAACAAAUAAAAGUGACUUGACAUCAGCACCAACACAAACACACGCUUUUAGUUCCUUUGUUGAGGAACCGUUGGAUUCAGAACAGAAACCCAUAAACUCGAUGACGAGCAGCAGAUGAAGUUUGGAUCAGCUGAAAGUUUAUUGAAGUCAAAGUUCUCCAGAUCGCCAGCUGUUUUUGACUGAGUCAUGGUUGAUCUUCACGUUUCAGAAUGAGUCCAAAAUAAAACCAGCAGAACAAAAGAACAAGUCCAAACUGAAGCUCUCGGAUCAUAAUAUGAUCAAAUCAAUCCAGCGUUUGAAAACAAUGAAUAAAAACAGAACAAUAGCAUAUCACUGUUAAACACUGUUCAUGUGCUCAGACGCUCACACACACAGAUCACCGCUAA